AUGGCUCCGUCAAGGAGUUCCAAAGACGACGAUUUCGUCUUCACGCUCUCCGAUAACGAAGACGCACCUCGAUUCGACGAUGAAGAGGACAAUGAAAUGCUGGGCGAUGCACCAACCGACAACAAGAAGCGCAAGCGCGAGGUCGAGGCUCCUAAGCACAAGAACAAGAAGCAAAAGCAACAAGAAAAGCAGCAGUUGAAGAACGCCAAGAAGAACAAGAAAAACGCCGCCCCCGAUCCCGAGCCCGAGUCUGAGGAGGAGGACAGUGAUGCUGCAGAGGAUGCGACAGAAGACGAUGGAGUCCUGAACCCAGAGUUCGAGUUCGAUGUCGGCGGCGCAGCCAAUCAGGGUGUCACCGAAGGCUUCGAUGGUUGGGGUGCUGCUGAUGAACAGAAGAAGUCCGGUGACAAGAAGGCAGUGGACAUCGACGAUAUCAUUGAGCGGAGACAGGCCAAGAAGGAGGCUGCCUCUAAAAAGCAAAAGAAGAAGACACAGGACGAGGAGGAAAUCGCUAGCGCAUCUGAGGACGAUGCCGCAUCAGAAGCUGGUAUGCCGGUGGAGUUCGACGACGAUGAGCUCAUGGCCGCUGAUGGAUUCGGUAUGGGCGUGGACGGCGAGGAGGAAAGUGAGCCAGAAGGAUCUGAAGCUGGCUCUGGACCGGAAGAUAACGACGAGGAGAAGUCCGAGGACGAGGACGCAGAUGAAGAUGACGACGAUGCUGCAUCUGACAAUGACUCUGUAGCCACACCUGUCGGUCACCCAGAUGAUAUCGGCUCCGACGGAGGCUCUGACGCAGAGAGCGAAGUGGACGCCGAGGAAGCAGAGAAGCGCAAAGCAUUCUUUGCCCCCGAAGAAAAGACCGACCUCAAGGCCUCCAUGGCCAAGAUGACCUUCCAAGAAUUCAACCUCUCUCGCCCUAUCCUUCGAGGUCUGGCCUCCGUUGGAUUUACCGAUCCGACGCCCAUCCAACGCAAGGCCGUCCCCGUUGCUCUGCUGGGCAAGGAUAUUGUUGGUAGUGCCGUGACUGGUUCAGGAAAGACCGCUGCUUUUGUUGUUCCCAUCCUGGAGCGUCUUCUCUUCCGUCCCAGGAAGGUUCCUACAAGUCGUGUUGUGAUCCUGAUGCCCACUCGUGAGUUGGCGGUUCAGUGUUACAAUGUUGCUGUCAAAUUGGCCACCUUCACAGACGUCACAUUUUGUCAAUUGAUCGGUGGUUUCAGUCUUCGCGAGCAGGAGAAUGUGCUCAAGAAGCGCCCCGAUGUUAUCAUUGCCACUCCCGGUCGUUUCAUUGACCACAUGCGCAACUCGCCGAGUUUCACAGUUGACACUCUGGAGAUUCUGGUUCUUGACGAAGCCGAUCGUAUGCUUGAAGACGGUUUUGCCGACGAGUUAAAUGAGAUUCUCACUACAAUUCCCAAGUCGCGCCAAACGAUGCUGUUCUCUGCCACCAUGACAGACUCUGUCGACAAGCUUAUCCGUGUUGGCAUGAAUCGCCCCAUGCGGUUGAUGGUGGACGCCAAGAAGAACACUGUAUCAACCCUGGUUCAAGAGUUUGUGCGCCUUCGUCCCGGUCGAGAGGAAAAGCGUCUCGGAUAUCUGUUGCAUCUGUGUAAAGAAGUUUACACAAAGCGUGUUAUCAUCUUCUUCCGACAGAAGAAGGAAGCGCACCGUGUCCGUAUCAUUUUCGGACUACUAGGUUUGAAGGCUGGAGAGCUUCACGGUAGUCUGAGCCAAGAGCAGCGUAUCAAAUCCGUGGAAAGCUUCCGAGAUGGCAAGGUUGCCUUCCUUCUCGCCACCGAUGUCGCUUCUCGUGGUCUGGAUAUCAAGGGUGUCGAGACCGUUAUCAACUACGAGGCCCCUCAGAGCCAUGAGAUCUACCUUCACCGUGUUGGUCGUACUGCCCGUGCCGGUCGCUCUGGUCGUGCUUGCACCAUUGCCGCCGAGCCGGAUCGCAAGGUGGUCAAGCUCGCCGUGAGAGCCGGCAAGGCCCAAGGCGCCAAGAUCGCCAGCCGUGUGAUUGAGCAAGCUGUUGCUGAUAGCUGGGCGCAAAAGGCGGAAGAUCUGGCUGAUGAAGUACAAGAGGUCUUGCAGGAAGAGAAGACCGAGAAGCAGUUUGCUCAGGCCGAGAUGCAAGUCAACAAGGGCGAGAACCUGAUGAAGCAUGGACACGAAAUCAUGUCGCGACCAAAGCGCACAUGGUUCGAGACCGAGAAGGACAAGAAGGUUGCCCGCAAGCUUGGUGCUGUCGAACUGAACGGACCCAAUGUCAAGAAGAGCAACGUGAAGCUGAGCAACAAGGACAAAAAACGUCUGGACGAUGCCAACGAGCGUCACGAGGGGAAGAUCGGAUGGAAGAAGGGCAAAAGUGAUCGGGACGCACCCAAGACGGGAAAAAACAAGAAAGGCAAGAAAUAG